UCACGCGGAGGCGCUUCUCGCGGAGGCGCGGCUUGGUUGGCCCGUGCGCGCUGCCGAUCGCGGGCCCGGCCGCCUCUUUGAACUGAAUUCGCGGAAAAAUUAGGGGUCGGAGCGGCCUUCCUGCUGGCCCCGUAACAUGUAACAUGGAACAGAAAGGUGCAGAAUGGAGCAACUUUUUUGAGGAGAACUAUUUAUGCAGUUAGAAAGAGAGGGAAUAUUUAUGGAAGACACUGCCUGCUUUUACUUGGCAGAAAUCUCCAUGGCUUUGGGGCAUUUACGUCAAAAGGGGAUCAUCUACAGAGACCUGAAGCCGGAGAAUAUCAUGCUUAAUCACCAAGGUCAUGUGAAACUAACAGACUUUGGACUACGCAAAGAAUCUAUUCAUGAUGGAACAGUCACACAGACGUUUUGUGGAACAAUAAAAUACAUGGCCCCUGAAAUCUUGAUGAGAAGUGGCCACAAUCGUGCUGUGGAUUGGUGGAGUUUGGGAGCAUUCAUGUAUGACAUGCUGACUGGAGCAGUAGGUGCACAGUUAAAAGCUCCCCCAUUUACUGGGGAGAAUAGAAAGAAAACAAUUGACAACAUCCUCAAAUGUAAACUCAAUUUGCCUCCCUACCUCACACAAGAAGCCAGAGGUCUGCUUAAAAAGGCUCAUCCAUUCUUUAGACACAUUAACUGGGAAAAACUUCUGGCUCAAAAGGUGGAGCCCCCUUUUAAACCUGUGUUGCAAUCUGAAGAGGAUGUAAGUCAGUUUGAUUCCAAGUUUGCACGUCAGACACCUGUCAACAGCCCAGAUGAUGCAGCUCUCAGUGAAAGUGCCAAUCAGGUCUUCCUGAUGCCUCUGCGAGAACGGGAACAAUGGAACAGGCCCUCACCAAAUGCCAAAUGUGCUAUCACCUUGAAUUUGGAUUUCCCAGAUGUCCUGUAUCCCCCAGACCCUUUCCUGGGUCCUCCUGUGCCCUCUCACCCCCUAGACCAUCCAGACCUCAGGCCACCCACCUCUCCGUUACCAGAGCAGUCUCCAUUCCUGAACGUGCUGGUCACCAGCAACAGCAGCUACUCCUCCUCCAGGCAGUUCAGCCUGUACUUGUUCAUACAGAGAACGUGGAUGGCACUGAGGGCAAUGGGAGGGGAGAGUGGGGUGUAUGCUGGAGAGCUCCCCAAGGGCAAGGCCUGGCUCUGCGUCACUCACUGUCAGAUCCUCAGAGCCCGGGGCUGGUCCAGCACGUGGCCACCAUUCCCUGAGUUGGAUUUCAUCCCUCAGUGCUGA